AGGGUUUCACCACACAAGGUCACAUAUAUAAGAACCUAUCUACUUCGUCUCUAACCUCUUGUUCCGCAGAAAACCCUAGCUCAAACGAAUCUUCACUUUCCCUCUGCUUCAGGAGAUGGCGAAGUCGAAGAAUCACACGGCUCACAACCAGUCCUACAAGGCCCACAAGAAUGGCAUCAAAAAGCCAAAGAAGCACCGCCACACUUCCACCAAAGGGAUGGAUCCCAAGUUCCUGAGGAACCAGAGGUACGCGAGGAAGCAUAACAAGAAGAACGGUGAAGCAGCCACUGAGGAAGAGUAAAGUGUCACUCUCAAAUGGGGCUAUUAGGAUUUAUCCUUAGAUUUAUUAUUUAAGAUCUAUAUGUUUUGUGCCAAAUCUAUCUUCUGUAGCGUAGUCAUUUUUAUUGGUUUUAUUUGGAUCCAGAUGCAAUACUCUUAUAGAAUUAUUGCUGGUUUUUGUUAAAGGAACUUGAAAUUUUGUCAGUGGAAUAUUUAUUUGCUUUUGUUUUCAGAUAACAGCUAUAGUAAUUUUCGUG